GUGGUCAUUGUGUUCAAAAGCAAAGACAAGGAAUACUCUCCUCUUCCCACCACAUUUGGUCUUAUUCUCCUCUUAUCUUUCUCCAAUUAAAAAUAAAUAAUUUUCAUCCUCCGAAAUUAUGUCAAUUAGAGAUUUAGUCUAUUUUAGUGAGUAGUUUUAGAUUUUAACGUGGGUUGAUAUAACCCAAACAAAGUGUUUUAAAUAAAAAUUGCUGAAAGUUGACGGAUUGUUUUGAUCGGAAAUUAGAAAAAUGCCACCCAAAAGUAUGAAAGUGAAAGGGGACGAAAGCGAUUCUUUUACGGAUUAUGACGAGGAUUACGAUGAAAUGAGUGGCAGUGAUGACACAACGCCUAAAAAAAGACCACGAUUUUCGAAAGAUAUGGAUACUUCCGGCUACGAGUCAACACCACACAGGGUGACUCGUUCAGGGGGAGGGACAAGCUCAGCAGCAGCACGUUCAGAGUUGAGAGGAGCUUUUGGCGAUGAUGAUGACGUCACUGUUGGUGAAAGUACUGAUGAUGAUGAUGAUGGAUUAGAGGACCCUGAUGAAUUGAUAGGAGAAAAGCAGGUGGAUCUAAAUGAGUGGAAACUGGGUCAGAUUGACGAUAUUUUUGAAAAGAUUAAGGCCAAAAUAAAUGCUAAGACGGGGACGGGAAGGCAAAGAAUGGAUGUUCCAAUUUUACAGACUUUUAUGCAUGAGUAUGAAAAUGUGAAGCAAGCCACCGAAAUUCCUCCUGAGAUGACUGUGAAGGACUAUUUUGCGGUGACACCUCCUCCCACUGACAAUCAAGAGUACAACAAUGCAGUUGCCAAUAUAGAGAAACAGAUUGCGGAUCGAGAAAACUACAACGUCAAACUAUCAUGCCCUCUCUUGAAUUGCGAAACUAAAUUUAUGAAUUUGACUGAGAGCAAAAGACAUAUUCUCACUAAACACUUGAAAAUGCGUCUAUUUGGGUGCAAAAAGUGUCCUCUCAAAUCCUGGACUAACUACGUGGGUCUGCGUCACCAUAUUCUGUCCAAGCAUUUUGAUCUCAAACAUACUUGUCCUGAUUGUCUCAUUGAGUCAAUUUCAUAAAGUUAAAUUGCAUGCUAAACUGCGACAUGUCACACCGUCUGGAAAAGAAGUGUUUUUCUCUCCAUCAAAACGCAAAAUUGAUCUGAUCCCAUUUAAGUCGGAAUAUAUUACAGCUAAGUUCGGAUGCACGUAUCAGAUUUAUGCUAUACCUUGGAUGGAUAAGAACGGGAAACUGGUUGAUAUCAGUAUUUGCUUUACUAAAUUUGGUGAUAUAAAAGAAGUGGCUCGUAUUUUGUGGAGAGACAUCGUCAACGCUUGUCACAAGAUUGCCAACCAAGACGAUAAUGAAGAUGAUGUGGAGAGUGAAAAUUGGGUGGAGAUGUGUGGGUCGGCAAGAGAAGAACGAGCCAAAGGUCAUGAGAUGCGUCCCGACCUUGCUUUCCCUCUCGGUGUGUAUGGACUUUCACUCAUCGUUGCCUGCCAGCUCAAAUGGUUUGCUCGACUGUACUUCGACUGCGUGAAAAUCAUGGCUACAGGGGAGUCAAAGUACUUUCUCCAAAAAUACAAUAAGGAAUUGAAAGAUCUGCUUAACGCUGCCCUCACUCAUGAAAACAUGCCCCAAAAGAAUAUUGACCAUGUUAACCUAAAUGGAGCCCAAUUUAAUAUGCCUGUUGAAUAGUAAUAAUUGAUUGUUUUAAUGCUUUAUGAAUUAACUAGUCUAUUUGUAAUGUUGUUACAAAACUUUGAAAUUGAAUAAAACUCGACGUCUAAUAAUUAAGUCGUCCUUCCAACAACAAA